AAAUUGGCGGUUUUUAUUGGUAGAGAGUAAGGAAGAAUAUUCAGUAUUCAGCAUCACUAGAGGCGAGUGGUGUUCGUUAGAUUCUGCACUCCGUCCACUCGCUUAAGCCAUUGGCCAUGGCGUUUUCUUUCCUCUCUCCUUCCACAUCUCCUCAUGCCUUCUUCGCCUCAUCUUCUUCGUCUUCAACCUACUCCACUGCAAAUAACAUUAAGCUGUUCGCAAAGAGAAGAGCACUAACGUUCGUCGCAAAAGCUUCCGGCAAUGAUGACGACGAGCCGGCGUUCAACCCUUUCGGCUUCGUCACCGACAAUCCGUCAAGCCGGAACGCCAUUCAGCUUCCGGAGUCCCCUGCCGAGGACGGAAACGUCGGCCAAAUGCUCUACAGAAUAGAAGAUAAGGGAAGAGAGUAUGGAUCGUAUGUGAAAUCCGGCGGAUUCAGGUGGUUUGUCAGAGAAACCGGAUCGCCUGGAAGCAGGCGCGGAACAAUAGUCUUCCUCCACGGCGCUCCAACUCAAUCGUACAGCUAUCGAGUGGUUAUGUCUCAGAUGGCAGAUUAUGGGUUCCACUGCUUUGCCCCUGACUGGAUUGGGUUUGGGUUUAGUGACAAGCCACAGUCAGGAUAUGGUUUUGACUACACUGAGAAAGAAUUCCAUGAACAAUUUGAUAAGUUACUUGACGUCCUUGGCAUUGAAUCUCCUUUUUUCCUUGUAGUCCAGGGGUUCCUUGUAGGCUCAUAUGGAUUAACUUGGGCCCUAAAAAACCCAAGCAAAAUAUCAAAGCUUGCGAUUCUGAACAGUCCGUUAACACCUUCAUCUCCCGUUCCUGGACUCUUUCAACAGCUCAGAAUUCCAUUCCUUGGCGAAUUUACUUGCCAGAAUGCAGUAAUGGCUGAGCGCUUCAUCGAAGCAGGUAGCGCUUAUGUCCUAAAACUGGAGAAGGCUGAUGUAUACAGGUUACCAUAUUUGUCAAGCAGUGGUCCGGGUUUUGCUCUGCUUGAUUCGGCAAAGAGAGCUAAUUUCAAGGACAUCCAGAGCCAGAUAUCAUCUGGCUUUGCCUCUGGAAGUUGGGAUAAGCCAAUUCUAGUGGCAUGGGGAAUAUCAGAUAAGUAUCUUCCACAAUCAGUGGCUGAAGAGUUUCAAAAGGGAAACCCUGACUCAGUUAAGCUUAAACUGAUUGAAGGUGCAGGCCACAUGCCGCAAGAAGACUGGCCCGAAAAAGUAGUUGAUGCCUUGAGAGUCUUUUUAUGAUCUUGGCAUAUGGUUUCCCAGCAUGAAUUCUCAUACCAAUUUCAAGUGUUUGUUCCAUGUGAAGAAUUAUAUAUGCAUUAUUGGUAAGUUAAACAUCACUGUUUGAUAAAAUACAUACUCAGCUUGUACAUCCUUACCAGAAAAAAUCUCAGUUUCAUGUGAGUAUUGUAAAAUAUUGCCAACUACUGCAGAAAUGUUAGUUUCUAGUUUCAACAGAAUGCAGAAAGUUUUGGCCUUU